AUGCGCAACUUCCUCGCUGCUGGUGCAGUCAUCGCGGCUGCCAUCGCUGGCACUGCCGCCGACAACUGCAAUGGUUCUGGGCAGAAUAUUAACGGCAACUGGUACUGUGAGGCCGUCAAGGCCAUCACCUACCAGGGUGUUGGAGGUUCUGGAUCCUACAAGAAAGUCACCAACAUGGAUUCCUCCAGUGGCAGCUGCUCCUCCGAAGACUACCAAUACAGCGGUGCCAUGGCUCCCUUGGAUGAAGAGGUCUCUUUCCACUUCCGCGGCCCCCUUCAGCUGAAGCAAUUCGCCGUCUACACUCCUAGCUCAAGCUCCAACAAGAAGAGAGACGUUGGCACCAGCGCGCACCACCGCCGCCAUGGCCACCAGCACUUCCAUGAGCACAACAAGGAGAUCCGCCAAAUUCAGGACGAGGCACAAAAGGAGAAACGUGAACAGAUGGUGACCGCCACCAUCGAUAACAAGGUCGUUUCCUGGGUUAAUAACUACAUGGUCGCCUCGCCCACCUCUUCCGCCGAGCCCUCCGUUCGUGUUGAUGCUGCGCAGCCCUCCUCCGCUUCUGCUUCCUCAUCAGCCUCUUCAUCUGCUUCUUCCAGCGCCAGCUCUUCCAGCGCCAGCGCCAGCGCAUCAUCGACCGGCAGCUCUGGCGGAAGCGGCUCUUGGAACCGCCAGGCCUAUUACGACUCCUCUUCUGGAACUGCCGACGGCCUGGUCUUCUUGAACCACUUCGGUGGCUCCAAGGGUUCUGACGGCGACUCUUCUGGAGUUUGGGAUACGAGCUUUGGCAAUUCUCUUUCCUACGCCUCUUCUGAUGGCAAGGGCGGUGCUGGUCACCCCCAGGUCCUUGAGGAUACCACCCUUCCCUCCAACGCUGAGGUUGUCAUCAUGUCUGACAAGUCGUGCGACGACGGUAACUGCGGCUACUACCGUGAUGGCACCGUUGCCUACCACGGCUUUGACGGUGCCCAGAAGGCUUUUCUCUUUGAGUUUGGCAUGCCUGAUGACAACAGCGGCUCUGGUGAUAACGCCAACAUGCCCGCCAUUUGGAUGUUGAACGCCCUGAUUCCCCGUACCCUGCAGUAUGGCAAGGCUGAGUGCUCUUGCUGGGAAUCUGGCUGCGGUGAAUUCGACAUCUUCGAGGUCCUUGACUCGGGCAACACUCGAUGCAAGUCCACCUUCCACCCCGCUGGCGGCGACUCGGACUACUUUGAGCGUCCCACUCAGGGCACUAUUAAGGCUGCCGUUGUCUUCACUGGCUCUGAGGAGACCGCGCACAUCAAGAUUCUCGACUACAGCACCAACUUUGACAGCAGCCUCGCCUCCUCGCUCAUCCAGAGCUUCACUGAUGACAACUCUGAUGGCAACGGCUCUUCUCUCUUCAAGCUUGGAUCCUAA